ACCCAACGAGGCAACGAGUCCCCAACGCCACCCAAAGUCCAGUUCACCCACACGCGCGCUCACCGGCCGCCUAGCGCGCUCUGCCCCCCACGGAAAUCUGCAGCGAAUAGAAAGGAUUUCCAUCCUUUCCAAUCCCUUCCAAUUCUUUACGGCGUCCCUCAAUCCCCCUAUAGGAUCCAGGUUGACCCGCAUUGCCCGAGCCAGUCGGUUUCCGUUUUUGGAAUUUUUGUUUCCACGUGCUGCCGCCGCCGCUCCUAGGUUCUUGUUACAAGCGUGGAAGACGGCGAGCUAUAUGGCGUGCAAUCGCGGCGUGAAGGAGCAGGAGGACCCCAGCGCGGCGUCUGCAGCCCCAGCUCCGGCGGCUGUGGCUAGGGCGAGGGCGGCGCGGCCUCCGAGGCCAAGGAGCCGCAAGGGGCUCGGCGUGCGGCACCUGCUGAAGCCCUGCCGAUUCCUUGCAGCUGUCCAGAGGGCGAAUGCCAGGGUGAGGGAAGCGGGGGAGGCGACCCUCGUGGCAGCGCUUGCGGCGGCCCAAAAGGAGAGCGAGAGGGAGAACGAGGUGGUGGCCGAUGUAUGCGGCGGGUGGAAGAGUGAGGAUGGAAGUUUAAAUUGUGGAUACUCAAGCAUUAGAGGCAGAAGGGUAAACAUGGAAGACUUCUAUGACAUAAAAUCUUCUAGAGUUGAUGAUAAGCAAAUAAAUUUUUUUGGAGUAUUUGAUGGUCAUGGAGGUACCCAUGCUGCUGGGUAUUUGAAACAACACUUGUUUGAAAACCUCCUAAAACAUCCAGCAUUCAUUGGUGAUACUAAGUCUGCAAUGAGUCAGUCCUAUAAAAAAACUGACGCAGAUUUCUUGGAUACUGAAGGCAAUAUUCAUGUUGGGGUUGGGUCGACUGCAUCAACAGCAGUUUUGAUUGGCAACCAUCUGUAUGUGGCCAAUGUUGGUGAUUCAAGGGCUGUACUAUCAAAGGCAGGCAAAGCUAUUGCACUCUCUGAUGACCAUAAACCAAACAGAAGUGAUGAGCAGAAACGGAUUGAGGAUGCUGGAGGAGUUGUUGUUUGGUCUGGAACAUGGAGAGUAGGUGGUAUACUUGCAAUGUCUAGGGCAUUUGGCAAUCGUUUGUUGAAGCAGUUCGUUGUUGCAGACCCUGAGAUUCAGGAUCUAGAAAUAGAUGGUGAUACGGAGUUUCUUAUUUUGGCCAGUGAUGGGCUCUGGGAUGUGGUGCCAAAUGAGCAUGCUGUUGCAUUUGUGAAGGACGAGGAUAGCCCUGAGGCUGCAGCCCGGAAGCUUACGGAGAUCGCCUUCAGGCGUGGGAGCACCGACAACAUCACAUGCAUUGUUGUAGAAUUUUGCCACGAUAAGAUGGUUGAUGGUUCUCCCCCGUCAACCAAUAAGAGUUGACUUCAUCAUUCGUGUUUUAAUUAUCCCAGAUUUGCUACCAUGAUGCUGCGCCUCUCGAAGUAUGGUCUCAUCAUUGGUUGUCUAUUAUGUUCGUUUAUAGUCCUGCCAUGCUGAUUUUGUUUGCUUCGGCGCCCCCAAUUGGUUAGCCUGUUGUUUGGAUGCCC